AUGAUGUCUAAAGUUCUUCUUAUUGCCUGUGCUCAAGUACUACUCAUUCAAUGUAUAGCUGCACAGUUCAUCGGUUCAUGUAAUCGUUGUGCUGCUACUCCAUGUGGCACACUCGGCCCAUACGCUUCUCCUUGCGGUAACGGUAUUGGAUAUUCUCAGAUAGGUGGUUUAUACGGUAUUGGCGCGUCUAGCGCUGCAGGACUGGCCGCUUCGAAUGGAGGUGGUCUACCAACUUCAAGUGCAUCACCAUUUGCUCCCAAUGGUGUGUCAUUAGUAUCCGAGAAUGUUUAUGAAGGCGCUCUGGAAGUUCUCGGUGCAGUGCCAUUCUUGGGAACAGUGGCUCUGGAAGGUGCCUUGCCCACUGCGGGCGCUGGUGCGGUUGCUUAUGGUUGUGGUAAUGGAGAGGUUGGCAUUUUAUCUGAAGACAUAUCUGGUUAUGGCUUUGGAGGUCUAGGAUAUGGUGAUGGAGUCUUAGGUUAUGGCGGUCUGGGCUAUGGAGCUGGAGUUUUAGGAUAUGGUGAUGGAGUCUUAGGUUAUGGAGGUCUGGGCUAUGGAGCUGGAGUUUUAGGAUGUGGUGCUGGUUCUCUCGGUUAUGAAGCUGGUCUGGCUCGUUCAGUCUAUGGUUGCAAUGGAUUAGCCAAUUAUGGAGGACGAGCUCCAUGUGGAUGCAAUGGUCUAUAU